AAUUCAUAAAUCGGAAUGUCAUUUCAUUCAUCAAUGUUUCAUAUUUUAAAAUUCAAAGUGUUUGAAAAACUAUUCCAGCAAACAUGCCACUAGAUCAUUCAAAAGAAGAACGAACUAUCGUAGUGAAACCUGAGAAUCUUUUUUUGAACGAUAAGGUAUUCUAUAAAGUUAGGAGAACCUUACUAGAAAAAGGCAUUCCUCCCGCUAAGUUUAUAGAAGAGCAAAAACAGCCUGAUGAGAUGGAUAGUGUUUUUUUUCUUAGUGACAGAUUUGAGAUUUUGGUAGACGCUAGGGGGUACAGACCUGAAGAACUCCGUUGCGUGAUAACCGCCAAUAACGUGAACGUUAUGGCCCAAAAAAAAGAAUGUUUGAGUGAUACCGAGAAAAAUGUCAGCAUGUCAAGAAAUUAUCAGCUGCCCCAAGAUAUUAUUCCCGAAAAUGGAAACUGCUGUCUGUCUUCAGAUGGGAUCCUUUUGAUCACAGCGCCGUGGAAAUUUUGAAAGAAAAAACCGAAAAUAACAUAUUAUUCGUGACAUAAGCAUAUACAUUUUAAGAAAAUACAUUCCUAUUAAAUUGAA